UGUGGUUGCAAAGUUCCCGUCAAGAUUGUCGAGAACUACAACUCCCUGAGCGUACAGUGCCUGUCAUUACUUAGCUGUUUAUGGCGUCUGUUUGUAUGCGUUAUAGAUCUCCCCGCUGAUAUAUAGUCUCGAUUUCUUCAUGGUUGUUUUAUUUUGAUUGUCUGGCUUCGUCAUGGAGUGCGUCAGCAUGGAGACUGGAAAUCCACUGACACUGCUGCGCUUCGAGGCAGCCGUGAAAGUGAUCAAGAGUUUACCUCCGGAUGGUUCUUUUCAGCCGUCAAACGACAUGAUGCUCAAAUUCUACAGCUAUUACAAGCAGGCCACGCUAGGCCCGUGCACAAUCCCACGGCCUGGCUUCUGGGAUGCUGUGGGGAAAGCAAAAUGGGAUGCUUGGAAUUCACUUGGGGACCUGGCAAAGGAAGAGGCAAUGGCGGCCUAUGUGAAUGAGAUGAAGCUGAUCCUGGAGGGAAUGCCGAUCACGGACGAGGUGGAGGAGCUGCUGAAGGUGAUGGGUCCGUUCUACGAGCUGGUGGACGAGAAGAAGAGGAUAACGCAGAUAUCCGACCUGAGCAGUGGCUUCGGGACAAUGCUGUCUUCGAGACCGUCAAAGAGUGUCACCAAGAGCAUCAUCAGGAACCUGGAGCUGAACGGCUCUCUGGAGGGCCGGCCCACCAGAACCAGACCCGAGCUCCUGGCCGGGGAACCUGCAGAGGAAGAGGAGGAGGACGAUGAUGAGGAUGAUGACGAAGAGGACAAAGAAGAUGAGGAGGAGGAGGAGGCAGAAGAGGUGGAGACACACGAGGUCAAAAAAGACCAUAACUCCAAUAAAAAUGCUCCGUCGAGGAGAAGCAAGGGUCACCUGACCAAUGGAAAGAUGGCUAAUGGUGGUCCCCACCUGACCAACAGACCUCAACCCAAGGCUAAUCUGAACGGCCAUGACGGGCCCCAGGCCGCGGCUCACGUCAAUGGACACACUCACCCAGACCCCAGUGAGGAGCAGUCCGGUCUAAGUCCGGCCAAUGACUCCGACAGCGAGGUCUACUGUGACUCUGUGGACCAGUUUGGUCAGGAAGAGGGCUCCGAGAGGAACCGCAGCCCGCAGGACCUGGACGAAGACGAGGGCCAGGGCUCUCUCUCCCCCACGCCAGAGGGGGAGACCCACACACACCCGCCGGGGGAGCUGCCCGGGCCCGGGGAGGGGGUGCAGCGCGGGGGGGAGGAGGGGGAGGCCGGCGGGGGCAGCUCCCACAGACAGAGUCGCAGCGGGGACACGGCAGGGAGGUCCCAGGCCAGGGGAGGGAGAGGCUCCCGGCCACCCGGGGGCUCCGCUUCGGAGAGGCUGGGGACGGGCGGCUGGCACGGGGAGGAGGGGGACGGGGAGCGGUGGGGGGGCGCCGGGACCCCCGCCGGGAGCCUCAACGAGCAGAUCGUGGUGGCCCUGGGACGGCUGCAGGAGGACAUGCAGAGCGUCCUGCAGAGACUGCACACCCUGGAGGCCCUCAGCGCAACGCAGGCGAGGUCGAUGGCGAUGUCUCCUACGUUCGGGUCACCCAGAGUGAACAGGUCAAGCAAGCAGACCCCGUCCUGGUGGCCUUUCGACGUCUCCCCCGGCACGGUGGCGUUCGCGGUGGUCUGGCCGUUCGUGGUGCAGUGGCUCCUCCGCCUGUACCUCCAGCGGAGGAGAAGGUAACGCAUUAAAAGAAGAAUCGACUGAAGCGGUUUGGACCGGAACCCCCAUGGUGACGGCACGGACCGCCACAUUUGACCCGAGAAUCCUUUUUGCCGUGUUGGUUUGGGUAGCUAACAGCUGCCCCCCCCCUCCCCCACUACCACUACUACAUAGUCAGUAGCUUUUGCACUAGGAGUAUGGCACCAAACGACAAUAGACGAGUAGAAAAAGGGCGAGCAAGAGGAAGAGGGAGUCUCCUGGACUAAAUGUGGAAUUGAAGAUAGAUGAAUGUAUUGAAUGUAUUGAGGGCGACUGAAGGCCUGAAUUGUGUGUUUUCAAGAAGAAGGAUUUGUAUAGAAAGACUAUUUUCUUUGGGAAAGAAGGAAACCCUGAGAGGAGAGGAUUAUGGUUCAA